CAAGAGAUAGCAAAUAGUGAAUGAACAAUUUCAUUGUUCAAGUUUGGUCAUUAAUAAGGAUAAAGAGGUUGGAGAAGAUGUGAGCCAUAAAAUUAAAGCAGGUUUCACUCAAGUGGAGGGGUGUCUCUAGGAUACUAUGCGAUUGAUGAUUAACAACAAAAUUGAAGGGAAAAUUUCAAGGAUACUUACCAAUCAGUCUUAUUAACUAAACUUAUUUACCUACUGGUCCUGAAUGAUAGAUUUAUCACUGUAAAUUUAUUCAUAAAAAUAAGAGAUAUUGAUAAAUUUAUCAAUAGGACAUAAUGGAUAUUAAGUCCCAAAAGUAGGAUUUAUUGGUAAUUUAUCCAAUAUUUUUAUGGAAUGAUUAUAAGCCUGAUGAUGCUUUAUGAGACAAAAUGUUGAACAACUAAGAAACAAUACAUUAAUAAAAUGAGUAUAGUUGAGACAAGAAUGCUAACAUGGAUGUGUAGUAAGAUAAUAAAAGAUGCAAAUGAAUACAUUGGUGAAAGUAGAACCUAUUGAAGAUAAGAUAACAAAUUAAGAUGAUUUGGUCAUGUACAACAAUGAUUUGUAGUCUAUGAAGCAUGGACACUUCAAAAUCAGUGUCGUGGCAGUGUCCGACACGCGGACACGCCGGGGACACGUACUGGCGUGUCCCUUUAAUUUAAUGAUUUUUUUGGAAGGGGACACGGCAGGGACACGCGUGUCCAUUUUGGGACACGCCAUGGGACACGGCGGGGCUCAGUUUUAAAUUUAUUAUAUUUAUUUGGGGUCAAAGUGUAAUAUUUAAAAAAUAAAAAAUAAAUAAAAAAACAUGUGUAAAAGCCCUAAAUCGAACAAAGAAAGAGUGAAGGAAGUCAGUCAGACCUUGCGAAGACCUCUCUCUCUCAGUCGAAGACCCUGUCUCUCUGUUGAAGUCGAUCGAAACCCUCCGAAGUCAAUCAAAGCCCUCCGAUCCACUCGUCUUAGUCUCUGUCUCAAUCGAUCCACUCGUCUGCCUCAAUCUCCACUCGUCUUAGUCUCUGUCUCAGACCUGCGAUCCAGACGACUUCGAAGGGGGAAAAAAGUUUUGCACGACCGUUGACACAUUAACUCAAAGGGAGCCCGAUUCAAUGCUUGCUGCAAUGUUCAGUGGACGUCACACUGUCUGUCACGAUUCUGAGAAGGGGUAUGUCUUUGUUGAUAGGGAUGGUAAACAUUUUCGUCAUGUUUUGAAUUGGUUGAGGGAUGGUGUUGUUCCCACACUGAAAGAUGCUGAAUAUUCAGAGCUUCUACGGGAGGCAGAAUAUUAUCAGCUUCUUGGAUUAAUAGAUGGAAUCAAUGCUGUUUUGGAUAAGAGGAAGGAUAAUGAGGAGUUGGAUACUGAAUUGACACGUACUGAUAUAAUUAAAUGCAUACAAUUUGAAAAAGUCAAGUUUCGAGGAGUGAACCUUUCUGGCCUUGAUCUUUCUAAGCUGGACCUGUCUUUUGUGGACUUCAGUUAUGCAUGUCUUAAAAAUGUAUUCUUCUCACGUGCAAACCUUCAAUGUGCGAAAUUUAAGGAUGUUGAUGCUGAGGGUUCCAUUUUCCACAAUGCAACUUUGCGCGAAUGUGAAUUCACGGGGGCAAAUCUUCGUGGUGCUUUAUUAGCUGGAGCUUAUCUUCAAAGUGCAAACUUACAAGAUGCUUGUUUAAUAGAUUGUAGCUUCUGUGGGGCAGACCUGCGUUCUGCGCACCUACAGACUGCGGAUCUUACUAAUGCCAACUUGGAAGGAGCUAAUCUAGAAGGGGCCAACUUAAAGGGUGCAAAGUUGAGUAAUGCCAAUUUGAGGGGUGCAAACCUUCAACGAGCUUAUUUACGACAUGUCAAUCUUCGUGAAACCCAUUUGGAAGGUGCAAAGCUGGAUGGUGCCAAUUUGCUUGGAGCAAUCAGAUAACACUUCAAGCGACACAAUAAUGAUCCAUUGCAGGUUUCCAUUAUCUUUGCUUUCGCCAUAAAUAACUUGUAUCCAAACCCUAUUCUCUCACCCCUUUCUCUUUCUACCAUUAGAUAUUAAUGCGCAGAAUUGUGUAUAGCUCUAAACCAUGAUUGAUUUUAAAUGACAUUAGCUGUGUGUGGGUGUGGAUUGCUGUGUACUGGGAACUUCCCUAUGUGCUGAUAAAGUUUGCCAAAUGCCAAUAUGUCGAUGCCAUAUAAAUUCUGUUGAUAAUUGUCGAGAUUUGGUAGAUUG